AAGUGAGACUCCAAAAUUUUGUGGAUUACCCGUGGACACACACGUCCACUGCACUAAGCCCAAGUAGCCGGUUCGAUUGAGCGAAAGGCGAUUGCAAAAGAAGUCUCUGGUGUCCCUAUUGUGAUGUUGUUCAGCUUUUCUCUCAUUUUAACAGUCCCAUAAGAGCCUUACCAUACCAGUGAAUAAGUAAUUGCCGCGAGUAGGAGCCAGGCUUGUACGUCAUGGAUGAUAGCUCGAAUACGUCUUACGGUGGCCAAGAAAAUGGGUCCAGUGAGAUAAUGAUGAUCACAGGCAAAGAAGAUGUAUUCCCUAUAAAUCAACCAUCUACUUUCAACUCUCAAAUUGCCAAUUCUGGGCACAUAUCCAAUUCCCUCUUGUCAUCUGUGAUAUCUUCAGAGACCCUUGAGUCUUUAAAUCCAAAUCAGCUCACUGCUAAUGCUCAGGCCAAUAUACCACCCUUAAUGAGUAUCCACCACACCAGUACCAAUGUGACCACCUUGCCAACUGAUACCACCACACCUAACCUUCUCCCUGCUAACAACCCAGUGUCUUUGCUGCCCCAAGUAGAAGCUGCUGCCCCCCCUCAAGGCAUUACCACAAUGGAUGGUGGUGCCAAUCUUCCCCUAAUUCCUGCAGCAGUUGUGACAACAGCAGGUGGGGGUAGCUCCACUACUGUUGUGUCUCUGGGGAAACCAAAAGUUAGUCAUGGAAAGGUCAUGGAUGGGAUAUCUCCUCAUGUGUUUACAGCCUCUGAGGGAGACACAGAUAAUGAUGAUGGGGGAUUCCAAAAGAAGGUACCGAUUCUUCGACUGAAGAAGAAACACAUGAGUGCUCACGAUCAUGAUGACAAUGCAACCUUUGAAAGACAGGAGAUCUCCAAGAAUGAUUCGUACUGCUGGGUGUGCCAUGAUGGUGGUGACGUGCUGUGCUGUGAUAAGUGCCCCAGAGUGUUCCAUAUCCAGUGCUCAGGUCUGCCCAAAGCCCCUGAGGGGGACGAAGAAUGGUUUUGUCCUGUCUGCAAGAACAUAGCUCGUAAGACCAAGCGCUCUCGUCCCACUGAUCUCAAGGAGCUUCUGCUACUUGCCGUGAGCAGGAUGAUGUUUCCAGGGACUGAGAUCUUCCAGUCACCAGUUCCAUCUGACAUCAUGGUCCACUACAGGGAGUAUGUAUUUCACCCACUGGACCUUGGCACCAUCAGAAAGAAAGUGAUGAGUGGAGUGUACCAGUCGACUCGGCAGUUCACCCACGACACGGAAUGGAUUCUACACAACUGCAUCAUCUAUAACGGCAAACACGCUCUCUCCAAGAUUGCAAAGGGCAUCAUCAAAGUCUGCAAAGAAGAUAUGAGGGAGAUUGAGCUUUGUCCAGGCUGCUAUAAACUGACUGUCAAACAGCCCAAGGACUGGUUCUGUGUGCCUUGUAAUCCACCCCACCCAGUUGUUCUGGCAAAGGUCAGAGGUUAUCCUUUGUGGCCGGCAAAAUUGAUCAGCGAAACUUCUGACAAGUGUGACGUCCGGUUCUUUGGUCAGCACGACAGGUCGUUGGUGCCAAGGUCGUGUAUUUCAGAGCUGGUUGGCCUUCCCCCCAAACCGAGCACCAAGACACAGCACUGGAACAUUGCCAUGUUUGAGCUAAAAAGGUACGGAGAGAACAUUGAAGAGAUGCGUUCUCAGCUGAGUGGUGGAAAGUUGCCGGGAAAAACAAUUCGAGUCUCGAAGCAACACGAUCUAAAAACACUGACCCCUGAUCCUAAUCACCUUGGAAACUCGUUAUCCAAUCAUCUCUCUGCGUCGCCAGCCGUGGUAGAAGUCAGUCCCAGUGGUGUACAUAACAAUAGUUCAGACAGAAGUAACCUCGGUACUUUUUCUGAACCUUCUAGCCCUGAUACUCCGCCUGGAUUACAGAUUGACCUCGAGGACCCUACACUGGGAGGUAAGCAUCAUCAGUCACCAAACAAAAUGCUGGGCAUGCUGAAUGCAAUCGAAAGAAACUCACAAGUUCCUGGAUCGCUGGAUUUCGGAGGAGAUACAGGACCUCAGUCAGUCACUCUUCCUUCACCUACGGCCGGUAUCUCUAAAAUCAAGCGUGGGAAUAAAGGACGUAAAGCAGGGGACAUGCUCUCUCAAUUGGUGUCCAGUUUGGCCGAACGACAGCGAAUGGGUGUGGUCACUCCCGGAAGCUCUCCUGUGGUUUUAACAAGUGGUGGAGUGAUAGCAUCUUUUGAUAAUCUCGAGCCUGAUCAGCCUGAUCAGAUUUUGAGGGAUGAAAUGGAUGAUUCUGGCACCCCUACAACUGCUGCAGUCGAUAUCAACCCUGCAUUUAGUAGCAUCUAUGCUGAUCGUAACAAGACAGCCGUCUACGAGGUCGACCCGAGUGGAAAACGAGAUCGAAAACGAAAGAAACCUGGGAAUGACUCCACCCCUCCUCAGGCUAAGAAGCCGGCAAGGACAGCAAAAGUAUCACCGAGUAAAUCCGUGUCCCUAAACGAUUCAAUGACUGAUUCUCCCCAAAUCCACGUGGCUACAUCUGAAGUGGUCAAACUUGGUCGGAUGACGGCAGCAGAUAGAGUUCCACCUUCUGUGUCUCCACAGCCUCAAUUAACUGUUCCCGGUAUUAGCGAACAUGUGACCGCCGCAGGAAGCAGUAUUAUUGUUGGGCCUAAAACUCCCUCCAAAUCGAAUCGAAGUGCCAAUCCGGCCAAAAAGAGGAGCAAGCCUAAAGGAAACAAAGGCAGCAAAACGUCUCUAGCUGGAAGAACCUCUACCACACAUACUCCCUCCAUUGCACCGUCACCUAGUAUGGUCUCGCAACACGAACAAAACACAGCAAUCAUUACGUCUGCUGGGAUGGCGAAACCGACGACCUCAAUAGCAGCUGACACGAGAAUGGAGGAGGCCGCUCAGAGGAUGGGAGCCGUGGCUAAUGAGAUGGACAUCUUUCAGGAGGGUACUGGCCUUCUUGCUGAUACGAUUCGCAAAGUGAAUAGUUCCUUUCAUGCUCGUCUAAAUCAGAUGGCCGGAGGGUCUGAAGAUAUGGGCUAUCAGUACUUCAUGGAGAAGCUCAUGUCCUCCGUGAAGACUGUGCUCAUUGAGAUGCUGUCCACAUUUGAUGCCAAGAGUCGACUAAGUGCCAAGCAGCUCAAGGAUCAGCUGCACACCUGCUGGCCUGUACCCAACUCUCGUGUGGCUCUGGACCAGCUGCAGAAGGAGUUGAGGGAUGAGAUGAAACAGUCAUUGGAAGUGGUGAGGGCGUCUGCUGCUCUUGAGUUGGAGCAAGUGGUGAAUGAGGUCAAGAGGCAGGUCGAGAAGGAGAAGGAGAUCGCCGUUAUUGAGACUAAGAAAAAGAAAUGGUGCACCUAUUGUAUGAAUGAGGCCCAGUACAACUGUUGCUGGAAUGCCAACUACUGCAACGAAGUAUGUCAGCAAGCACACUGGCCUGAGCACGUGAAAGAGUGCACUCAGAUUCAGCAAGUUCCUCGAACGCCUGGUCUGUCCCCAAGUGAACUCCCCCUCCCUGUUCCUGCCUCGAAACCUUCCACUCCCCAAAUCGCCACCACUGGUCACAGCAUGAGCUCUGGAGGUAACAGUAUGGCAGCAAAUCAAGAAGCAACUCAGCAGUCCAGUCAACAUCAGCAGCAGGGGGCCUACAUGUUUGUCAACUCUUCAGCAGCUGCAAUGGCGGCCGCAGUACAGGCUCAUGCUCAAGCCCAGAGGCAGAGUCAGUCCAUGAUCGCUGGGAUGGCCGGAGGCAGUCCUGCUCUACCACAACAGGCACUCUCCUCUGCUCCUGGCAAUGUGGGGGGUCCUCACUCAAUGCACAUAUCAUCCUCACAACACGGGGGUCACACCUCACACUCUCACACACCACACGCCCACUCCUCCACACCGAUAGUCGAGGGAAUGGGGCAGCAACAACAACAACAACACGUCAUGGACCACGGCACACCCUCUGAGAACACGGCCUCACGAAUGGAGCACCUCCCUUCAGAGAAUAUCCUCAACACGACAGCUGCAGCCUCCCCACCUAAUCACAUUCGUUCGCUGUUUUUGAGUCAAAAUCAACAACAAGCCCAGCAGCAGCAGCAGCAGCAGCAGCAGCAGCAGCAGCAGCAAGCACGGAUGAACACAGAGAGCCCUGCGUUGAGUCUAGUUGGUGCUCACCAAGGAGGUCCGAGUACACCUAGCAACCAGAUGCAGCAUCAUGGAGUGGCAUCAACCCCCAUUGGAAUGGCCGAUAACUCGAGUUUGAGCUCUGUUAGUCAUCAUUCUCAGCAUCAAAACAGUGACCAUUCGCACUCGUCCAAUUCAAGCAUUUUGUUGCAUGCACAGUCCCCGAUAAGCCCGGCUAUACCUCACUCUGAGACCCAGUCAACUGUUCACAACUACUGGCCCUCGUAUCAACCGCAGCUGCUUAUCGGAAAUGAGAACUAUCGUCAUUUGUUACCGACUAUGCAAGUGAACACUUCGUCUGGUCAGAAUCAGACUUUCUUUAGAGCUGCUUAUUAAUUUUUUUAGAGUUACUUUUUUUGAAUGAAAAUGGUUAUACUUGGUAUAAAAGUUAUGGACAUUUAAUAUUGUGUUGUCAUAAUUAUGUGUUGUUCAUAAUAAUAUCCAUCACUUA